AUGUUGUGCAACGUCAAGAAGUUGGAGCUGAAAUCCAGAGAGCUCUGGUUCAAAGAUCUCUUACAAGAACUUAACAGAGAGAAGAGACUUAUUCAAUUCCCGCUUGCCUUCUGUCUCCUUCCCAAUGCCAUCCCUAAUGUUGAUGCGAGCCUGUUACUGCCUGGGAUGACCGCGCUUCCUUCUCUUUUGAGAAGAGGGCUCUCAUAUCGGUUGGAGGGCAGGAUAGGGGCCCCACCGCGAUGGGUGUUUUUGCAUAAGCGGACCCGCACGGACCUCUCCAUGGAGUCCCGAGCCCAGUCGACUGGUGAGAUCCAUUCAGCAGAAUCUAAAUACUCCCUGAAUCAGAGUGUUUCUGAUGUCCAAGCUCUGCCAUUUCCGAGGUCAUUUGUGUCAUUUGAUGAGGCACCAUUUGGACACAAGGUACCAGCGCAGUUGGAACCCCCACGGUAUGAAAUGGAACGACCUGGAAGACUCAGUCCGAAUCCUUCAUUCUCCCCCAAAGAAUUUCUCAAACUUCAUGGAAAUGUCAUCAUUCACAGUAGCACCAAACACUAUGAGAAGCACUUCACCUAUUUGGGUGGUCUAAUAACAUAUGUUCUGUCUUGUCCUCAGACAACUCCACCUGUUGACACCUUUACUUCUCUGGUAAAUCCUGACUGGGAAAGGGCAGGGUUGAAAAAAGUAAAAUCCUCAAUACCUCACUACUUUCCAAGAAUGCCAGAGGAUAAUAUUGAAGCAUGGAAGAUGUUCUCCCUCGAUACUCUUGAACUGGAAGCCACUCAGUACAUCGGGACUCUCGUGGAACACAAGAAGACAUUGACCACACUAGGAAUGACUCCAACCAUGCUGAACUUCCUAAGGGGCAUGGAGAACCAGUUGCUCACACCUCUGGAGCAGGAAAAAAUGCUUAUAUACAUAAAAUCCAAGAAUUCUGGCCCCUUCGGAGCUCAGCAGAGGAUGCAUAAGACCCCUCUUCCAAUGCUUCUUGGCAGGGAUGCAUUCACCAUAUCACGCUGCCCCAUGAACAUGAAGAAUAGCUUCUUCCAGAUGAUGAUUUUAUGGAGAUGGCAGGUGGAGCUUGGCUAA